GGGGAGGGAAAACACCGUCCGCGCAAAAGGGCGAGGCGACGGCGAGCGGAAGUCGGACGGCGGCGGCAGAUCACACCACAACAAGCGGACUCGCCGAAGAUGUGGAAGAGGGGAGGGCCGAUGACGUCCGUCGCAACGAUAGGAGAAGAGAUGGAAAGCAGGAGGGCGAUGACGACGACGACCGUCCACUUGUUACGAGGUUGAAGGGAGCGGCAAAGGAGGAUGAUCUCGACGCGAGGUCGAAGUUAUGGGUUGAUUGUGACGCUUUCAAGGGUCAGGGCCCGGGAAAACCCUUGAGGGAGGCAAUAGGCGAGUGCGCGGAUUACUUUGUCACCAUCGCUAACGGUGACGCAGGAGCUGAACCGCCUUCGAUGCUCGUAAUGCCGUCGAAUGAUGUGCCACGCUUCAAGAUCGAGGACCCUGCGCAGCAUGAACCUGCUUUGCACAGAGCGCGCAGCGUGGAGAAACUAGUGCUGCGCACCAUCCCCGGCUGGAUCUUCAAAUCGUCGUCAAGGUGGACUGGCUUCGCUCGUGGAGAGUCGUACAUCACCGUCGACCUCGCUACAGACGUCGCACGAGCAGUUUGGCAGGGAUUUGAAUGGUGCAAAGUGGUUUUCCCUGCCCUCGCCUACCACACGGUGGCGAUGAAGAUGGACGUGCCUCUGUGGUUCGCGGGGGUGAAGAUUGUGGACCGGCCGGAAGACGACGACAUGGCGGCGCGGCAGGAGACGACAGUUCUUCGCUUGGCGGACUGCUGGACAGAUGCAGUGUGGUGCGGACAAUGGGCGAACAGCGGCAGUGUGAAACAGGAGAGGUUGUCGCGGCUUGCGGAUUGUCUUCGAGCGUUGUUGAGCGCGUGCAUGUGGAUCAUGCAGAUGGGUGGUGACGAUGACCGUUCGCACUACGAGGCGUGGUUCUACGCGUCCAUGGUCGCCAAACCCACAAUGAUAGUGGUGGGGUCCUACAUCUUCAACUGGCGGCGACACAUCGUCGACACCACUAACCUCGUCUUGGAUCAUCUAGGGAAGGCCCACCUUACGUUGGGAGAUUACCCGCAUUGCAUAUCGGAAUGGUCUGAUUGCGGGUUGGUGUUUGGGCACAACGCCGCUCUGAAUAAUGCAGCAGAAGCCGCAAAACACGGCUGGAUCGGCAACGGGUCCGUGGCGGACGACGAUGGAGAUGAGGGUAGUUGACACAUGGGUUCGUCCGUAAGGCAGUG